AUGUUUACCGGUCUAGUUGAGACAAUUGGGACCGUCACGGCCCUUGAGCCUCUCGAUACCUCGUCGAGCGGGGGCGGGGGAACCUCACUCACCAUCUCCGACUGUGAGGAGAUCUUGGGGGACGCAAACUUGGGCGAUAGUAUUAGUGUCAAUGGAACAUGUCUGACUGUUACCGCGUUCGAUAAAACCUGGUUUAAGGUCGGUGUCGCGCCGGAGACGCUGCGUCGCACGAACCUUGGGUCUUUGCAAAAGGAUUCACGCGUCAACCUCGAGCGUGCUGUCUCGGCUGAUACUCGCAUGGGUGGUCAUUUCGUUCAGGGUCAUGUUGAUACCGUCGCGAACAUCCUGUCUGUCACGCCGGACGGGAACGCCCUGACCUUCCGGCUCCAGCCGCGUGAUAAGGACGUGCUGCGCUACGUUGUAGAAAAGGGAUAUGUGACUCUGGAUGGUACUAGCUUGACUGUCACCAAGGUCGUCGAUGGAGACGACGGCUACUGGGAGGUCAUGAUCAUUGCCUACACCCAAGAGAAGGUAGUCACAGCCGCGAAGAAGCCUGGCGAAGAGGUCAACGUUGAGAUUGACAUUGUGGGCAAAUACGUUGAGAAGAGUGUACAGGGAUACUUUGCUGGCACUGCCGGAGGAGACUUUGCUGUCCUCGAAAAGAUGGUUUCUCGCAUGGUCGAUGAGAAACUCAGCAAGAAAUAA